AUGCUUGAUCUCAAGAUGAAGGAGACAUGUCGCAUCUGUGGCCGAGAGCUCUGCGGCAACCAGAGGCGAUGGAUCUUCCACCCCACCGCCAAACUCAACCUGCAGGUGCUGCUGUCUCAUGCUCUAGGGCGAGAGCUGACCCGCGAUGGCAGAGGAGAGUUCGCCUGCUCCAAGUGCACCUUCAUGCUGGACCGCAUGUACCGCUUCGACACAGUCAUCGCCCGUGUGGAGGCCCUGUCCAUCGAAAGGUUGCAGCGGCUCCUGCAGGAGAAACAUCGGCUGAGGCAGUGCAUCGGUGGGCUGUACAGGAAAACAAAUUCAGAGCAGGGUUCAGUAACAAUCAGUGGAGGUAAAGAAGGGCCAGGAGAUGGCAUGGUGGAUAUUUCAGGUCUCACUCACGCGAAGUACUGUGCCCUGCUCCAGGAUGACCUGGUCUACUCCUUGUAUGAGUCCUGGGCUGACGACAGCCUGGACUGUAACCAUCACCACCACCCUCAGUGUCCUGCAGGUCCAGGGUCAGAGGUUACAGUUGCAGGCUUGCAACGCUGUGUGCCCAGCACUCCCAGGAGAUGUCGAGGAUGUUCCUACUGGCGGGUGGCAGACGCUGACUACGAAGCUGUUUGUAAGGUGCCCCGGAAGUUGGCACGCAGUAUUUCCUGUGGGCCAUCGACCAGGUAUUCAGCCAGUGUCACAGGAGGCAGUGUGAUUGGAGGAGUAGGAGGUGGUGGAGAAGGAGACAGAAAAAAUGUGGAAGAUUCGGAAGAACCCCCCUCCUCUCUAACUCUGGUCCCUGGUUCUCAGGACCCCUCGAGGACAUCGGACAGCGAUCGCACACUGGCUGGACGAGCCAGCUCCAGCCCUUCUAUAGCAUCCCUGGAGAUAGCUGAGGAAUACAUCCAGCCUGGAGCCAUAACAGAUGGUCCGCUGAGCUCCUCCAGGGAACCCAUAGAUGACCGGAUAUCUGAUUCCCUUUCUGAUGAGCAAAUAGGAGCCCCACAUGGCCAAGCCUCACUUGGACUCAGCCUCUCUCUGGCGCUCUGUUUGCUGCAGAGCUAUGCCGUCUACCGGCCAGUCCAGAGCUCUAAGGGGAGCAGGCUGCCAGUGCUGCUCAGACGGAGCUCCAGUAUCAGUGGCACAAGGCUAGGCUUCCCUGAUCCUGUCCUGGAAAUGUCAUAUGGAACUCCAGAUGGAGAAAGAGACAACAACAUGCCAGCACCUGAGCUGGAGACCCCUCUCAGGCUGGAUGUCGGGGUGGAUCAGGAUCUGAACUUGAAUGACAUAGAGGAUCUAUUGGAAGAUUUGUACAAAGAGUUUCCUCCCCCACCUCCCCACCAGAGUCUUGUUGAGGUGCAGCAAAGUCAGCUGAACCAGUAUGAGUGUGCGGCCAGUCAGUGUGUCAACGAGCUGCAGAAGGCCCAGCUCCAGGUCCAAUCCCUGCAGGCCAAGAUCCACGAGAGCGAGGCCAACAAUAUGAAGCUGCAGGAGAAGCUGAAUGAAAUGGAGUGUGAGCUGCGUUCACUCCGCCAUGCGGCUCAGAGUCAGGAAAGAACCAUUCAGGGCCUCACUGAGUCUAUUAGCACAAAAGACAGUGAGGCCCAGGAGCUGUACCAGAUGAUUGAAGGGCAAAACAACACUCUGUGUAAGCUGCGAGAAAUGGCCCACUGCAACCAGCUUGCUCAAUGCAAGGCUCUAGAGGGGGUCAGCGAGUCCUUGAUGCUUGCUCAGCUGCAGGGCGAGCUGGUGGGGGUGCAGAGCUCCCUGUUCUCCCUUGGUCUGGAGCUGGAGGCCAGCCAGAGGAGUCUGAGACAGAGCCAGAGGCAAGGAGACGACCUGGUGAGGUUCAAGGACAGACUAAACUCUGAUCUGCAGGAGGCACUGCAGCACAGGGAGGUCACUGAAAAACACAACCAGGACCUGCGCUGUGCCCUUCAGAAAACUCGGUCUGAGCUGCAGGCUAAAGAAACAGCUCUGAAGGAGAGCGACGCAGAGAAACACACGGUAGUACAGGAAAAGGACAGAACCAUCACACAGCUCAAACGCUCUCUGCAGGACAAGGAGCAACAGUUACAGGAGUACUCAGACAUGUUGGAGUCCGCAGGAAGCUCCAAACCAAGAGAUGCCCUGCUGGAGAAACUAAGAGAGCGUAUUAAAGAUAGAGACAGAGCUCUGGAGCGCUCCAUCGAUGACAAGUUCCACUGUCUGGAGGAGCGUGAGGGCCAGGUGAGGAGGCUGCAGCUGGCCCUCAGGGAGAAGGAGCGAGACCUGGAGAGGCUGCGCUGCAUCCUGUCCAACAAUGAAGAGACUAUCACGAGUCUGGACGGCUUGGUGCGAAGCAAAGAGCUGGAGCUGGAGCAAGCAGCAGAGGCCUACAGGAACCUCCAGUGGCUGAAGCAGCAGAGUGAGGACAAGGAGAGAAACACCCUGAGAGAGAAAGACACCAUCAUUAACCAGCUACAGGCAGCCCUGCAGAGCCGCAGCCAGGAGACACAAGAUCUGACAGCCGCCCUCGUAUCCAGCGUUCAGGCCGGUCCAACUGAGGUUGUGGAGGAGCUGAAGGCUCGUCUGGCACUGAAAGAGAAACUGUUCCAGGAGCUGCUGUCAGACCGCAGCCGCCAGUCUAAUGAAAACCAACACCAGGUCCAGGAUCUGCUCAGCACCCUCAGCUCCAAAGACCAGUAUCUGCAGGACUACUCCUACAGACUGUCCUUAGUGAUUAGUGAGCGGACCAGCCAGCUGCAGGAGCUACGCAGACAGGUGUCGUUAAGAGAGCAGGAGCUGUGCGAGCUGAGACGGGACAAAGAGAGGGAGAUGGGAGGAGAGACAGAGCACCUGCAGAGUCUACUCAAAGAGAAGGAAGCCUUUAUCAAGGAGCUGGUGCAGGGACAGGAAGAGGCAAUGCAGAUGUCUUCUAAAGAGAGUGAGGCAGAGAAGAAGUCUCUCCAGGAGGAGCUGCAGCUGGUACUGAAGAAGGAGAGGGAGGCUCAGAAGGAGCUCUCUGCUCUGCGUUUAUCUUUGGCUCACCAGCAGGUCAAAGAAGCUGCCACCAAAGACAGCACUGAUCCCCAAUGUGUGCUGGAGCAGCUUGUGUCAGAGUACAACAAGCUGAAUGACGCCCUGAGGGCAGAGAAGAGAGUGUACCAAAAUCUCACACACAUUCACACCAAGAGUGACAGCAGCUCGGAGAAGAUCCAGGCCCUCCACACCGAGCUAGACUCGGUUCAGGCACUCCGUGGGCAGCUGGAGGAGGUCCUGGCCAGGACCCGUAACAUGGCCUUGGUGCUGGAAAGGGCAGCUAAAAGGCAGUCAUACUUUGGAGAGCUCAGCACAGAGGAAGAGGAGGAGGAGGGAGACGAUGAAGAUGGUAGCAGUGACGAGUUCACAGACAGCAUAGAGGAGGAUGAUAAUAAAGUGAAGGCCAGAAGUUUGGCUGUCAUUCAGACUUCUGUGAAGGCCCGUGAACCUGAGGUUGUGAUUGGAGGGCGGGCGAGGGGGGUACUGUUCCAGAGGGCUGAUGUAAAGCAGCUUGAGGAAGCAAAGGACACAUCUGAAGGCCAGCUUGAGGACAUAAGGUUACAACUAGCGAGGGAUGGAUACACAUCUGUGGCCCAGAUGAGGAGUGCACUGCAGAGGCUUCAGGAGGAGAACCAGGCUUUAAAAGAAAGCCAAGGACGAGCUGGAGUCCUGGGACUGAGGACGAACCCAGAGAAGAACCACAGGAGUCUGAACCAGGAAGAGGAAGAGGAAGACAAAGAGGAGGAUAUUGAGGAGGAGGAUAUUGAGGAGGAGGAUAUUGAGGAGGAGGAGGAGGAAGAAGAAGAAGAUGAGGAGGAGGAGGAAACAACUCCAGCACUGGUGGGGAAGCGAGGUCCUCAAUGUGUUAGUCUGAGUGAGGAGCGAGGGAAGAGGCACUGCACAAGGCCACAUUCUCUGGACCUGGGCACGCUGACGUCCCACCGUCACACAUACCAGACUGAGACGGAGGUGGAGACUGCUGGGGACAGCUGUGAGGUCGGGGGGCUCUGGCAGGAUAAAGAGGAGGGUCUCCGCGAGCAGGCGGCCCACCUGCGCACCAAUCUGGCUCUGAGCCACCAGGAGAACAGAGAGCUGCAGGAGAGGCUGAUGGUGUCUGAGGCCACGGUCCACGCUCAGGCUGAACAGCUGAAGGACUACAGAGAUCUGCUCACAGAGACUUCGGUCCAGCAAGCCAGUAAACAGGUGCAGGUUGAUCUUCAGGAUCUGGGUUAUGAGACUUGUGGUCGCAGUGAGAACGAAGCUGAGAGAGAAGACACCAGCAGCCCGGAGUUUGAUGACCUGGAGAUGUGCACAUCCCUGUCUCAUCAUCAGGACUAUGAGGGUGUGGGCAGCAGCUGGUAUGCUGGCAACAGCAGCAGUAACAGAGGAGCUUAUGAAAUAGGGGAUGAGUCCUCUCUCCAGCACCUUGUCCAGGAUCUGCGCUCACAGCUGACCCGCUGCCACAAGGUCAUCCGUGGGCUGCAGCUGCGUGUGCGCUCCCUGUCGUCCACCAGCGACUACGCCUCCAGCCUGGAACGCACCCCUCGCAAGGUAAACUGGGCUUUUGAGACAUCACCUGCCCCCAGCGGUGUGGAAGAGGACGAAGGCUGGAUGUCUGACACGCAAGGAAUUCGCUCAGGGUCCAAGCCCAGGAGGGAGCUACAAGAACUGAUGGCACGAGUUGAGUCACUGGAGGCACAACUGAAGAGCUCCAGACAGGAGGGAAAAGGCCAAGCAGAAGAGGGGAAAUGUGCCACCUGGCCUGGGAAGUACAACUCUCUGAUCCAGGCACAAGCUCGUGAGCUGUCCCACCUGAGGCAGAGGAUGAGAGAGGGGCAGGGAGUCUGCCAUAUCCUCACCCAGCACCUGGGUGAUACCACUAAGGCCUUUGAGGAGCUGCUGCGAGCUAAUGAUAUCGAUUACUACAUGGGUCAGAGCUUUAGAGAACAGUUGGCACAGAGCACUGCCCUGGCACAAAGAGUGGUCACCAAGAUCAGUGGACGUGACCGGGCGGAGAGCCAUGAUGAUAAGACGGGCCAUGAGUUGCUUGCCCUACGGCUUAGUAAGGCGCUGCAGCAGAAAGAUAAAAUUAUCGAGUCGCUCCACACCAAGCUGCAGCAGCGUCCUGAGACCCCAUCUAGCUGCCACGCUCUCUCUGAGACCACCGACCCAUCAGACCGGACCUCCCUGGUGUCCGACGAUUACAGAACCAAUGAAGACUUGGAGCUGUGCUCUGAUUUAGACGCCAGAGAGUAUCAGGAGGAGCACCGGCUGCAGCCAGGACACGGAUCAGAACCAGACGUCCGUCCAUAUUUCCCUCCUCCUCAUGGCCUCCUCAAGUCCUCCAGCAGCUGUCCCAACAUGCUUUGCUCAGCCCCUGUGGCUUUGACCAGUCAGUCCUCCAGAGCCCUUUUCAGUGAACCUGUUUCCUCCUUCCUCUCUGUCCCCUCUGGCCCUGACGUCUGGGGUAAGGAAGUCACUUCUGACCCCCGGCCCAGGGCCUUGUCUGUGAUCGCUGUUCGCCCAGAACUGGACACGCUGUACAAACAGAUGAAUGAGCAGAACAGGGGCUUUGAAGUUCCCCAUGACAAGCCUCUGUUCACUCUCUCACCUGGUGCCCAAAACCACCACGACCUCUCCAGCUACAGCCUGCUAUCCCCUCAUGCCUUUCAACAGUACCAGCUGGGUGGCAUCCCUGAAGGCCACUCGCUGAAGUCGGACUCAGGUCUAGUGACAGGUGGGACUUUGUGGGACAUGGAGCACAUGGUUCAGCCAGUUAGAAGCUAUUCUGGAUCAUCUGGACACCAGCCAGGAAACAGCAAUGCAGGGGUAAAUUUGAUAGAGGAGCACCUGCAGGAGGUGAGGUGUCUCCGUCAGCGUCUGGAGGAGUCCAUUAGGACUAACGAGAGGCUCCGACAGCAGCUAGAAGAGAGACUGGCCACCACCAGGCGUGAUGGAGGGGCACCAACAAACAUCUACAUACAGGGACUGGAUACAGUCACUCAACUGUCCAAUGAGAUCAGAGUCCUGAGGGAAGAAAACUUGGGUCUACAGUCCCGCCUACAGGCCAGCACAGAUACGUGUGAGGAGGUGGUGCAGUUGCGGGAGGCUGUGUUUACAGCACGGGCCCGCCUGAAGCAGGCAGAGCUGGAGGCCGAGCAGUGGAAGGAGGAGCUAAGACGACUCCAGACUCACAGCCAGGAGCAGGGACAGCAGAUAAACACGUUAAGGCAGGAGCGACAGGCCAGUCAGGAGAGAACCAACAGGCUCCAACAUGAAGUGUCUCUGCUGCAGCAGCAGCUAUGUGAGAGCAGGGAGCUCAUCCACUCCCUGCAGAGUGAACUACAAGUUUAUGAUCGAGUAUGUUCCAGCACAAAGGCCAACAAAGGCUACCUGUGUGAGCUCCCAGGUCUACCGGUGGAGCUGGGGGAGCUGCUUGGGGAGGUGAGGAGUCUGCGGGCCCAGCUGCAAACCAGCGUCCAGGAGAACAGCGCCCUCAAACAACUGGAGCUCCACAAGCAGCUGGAGCAGAAGCUGGGUGUCGGCUCUCCUCGGACUCCCUCCCUCUCUGCCCUCACUGCCAGCCCUCAAAGAGAAAACUUCUACAGACGACAGCUGCUACAUGACCCAGCUCCGUCUCCACCAGUCAGGGACAUUGGUCUAUUUAAUUGUGGAUCUCCUGGUCCUCCCUACUCAGACCUGGAUGACAGCCAUAGCACUGCCAAUGCAGACCCUCUGGACCCUCACUCUGAGCUAGAGGGGGAGGCCCCUGAUGGAUCGUUUGCAAACCGUAAUGGCCGCCACGCUAUUGGUCAUGUGGAUGAUUUCAGUGCUCUGCAACAGCAAGUCCUAGAGGGCCGGAGCCUCGUCCAGCGCAUGGAGACCACCCUGCAGGCUUGCCUCGGCCCACCACUGCUGGAGGGCAACCAGAAACAGAGCCACGAACUGGUUCUGGACUACGGAUGUGUGAAGAGUCUUCUGUCCAACACCAGGACUCUGAGGCAGAUCCUGGAAGAGGCAAUGUCUCUGCUGAAGAUGUUCUGGAGGGCAGCUCUGCCCAGCACCGAUCCCUCCAUCCAAAACCUGAAGAAGGAGCAGUGCAUGCAGGAGGAGAUCUUGUCCCUGAAACUGCGUAUGUCAGAACAGGAAGAGGUUCUUAAGGGGACAAUUCAAAGACUGAGGAGCACCAGUCGCACCAAGGAGAGCAUGGAGCACUUCAUAGUUAACCAGUUGUCAAGGACUCGGGAUGUGCUGAAGAAAGCAAGGACGAAUUUAGAGAAGAAUGAGCUGAGACUUUCCUCUCUAAGCUCCUCCUCUUCCUCUCCUUAUGCUGCUGAGGGCCCAGGAGGUGCUGCCAGAGAGCAGCCUGCUGAUUGCAAUUUCCUGAAGACCAGCGGUGCUUCCGGAGCCUCCGGGGCUGCAGCCAAUCAGCGUCCGGCGGCAAGAAAGCGCAGCAGCCAAUGCCUGCUUUAGACUUUUAAAGAACCAGCCUCAAUGCACCACCUCUGACCUCUGACCUCUAUGCUGAAACAGCCAAGACCCCUCCCCUACACACAUCCGCUAUCAGCCCUCCAUACCAGCCUGCCCUCUCCCAUCCGCCACCACCUUCCUCACCUCAUCCAUGAGAGUGCUUCCACCCUUCCCUCCUCUGGGCAAUAUGUGUACAGUAUAAUCUGCACCUUGAGCCUUACCAAAUUCCCUCCACUCUCUCAGCAAUUUUGUCACUGUCUGCCCGCUCCCCCCGCUACACGCAUUAUUGUCUUUGAGUGAUUCAGUCAGCAAUUUGCCUUGUCGUGUGUGUGACAGAGGAAGGUAUUUGAAAUGUGCCUCUGAUGGUUUUAGUGACGUGUGUCCUACUGAUGGAGCUGGUUGAAGAUGCUCUUAGACCCUGAUCCUCAGACCAGAUGUAUCUUUUCAAUCUGGUUGCAGUGAAAUGUUUAGGGUAAUCGUGGUAAUUUAAGUUACUGUCAAUUACCUUGUAUUUUUAGAAAUUUAGACAAAUUUUAAAUUGGAGAAUUUUUUUUAAUUCAAAGUUAGACUUCAGAGAAUUAAACUUGUGACUUAAAAUAAAAAGUUUCUAUAAUUUGCCACCAGAUCUGUUUAUAAGAGCAUCCUCUCCUGGGAGCCAGAAAGCCAGAAAGCCUGAUGAACAGAUGUUCAUGAAUGUUUAAAAUAGCUUGUGAGAGGAAUUCUACACACAUAUACACGCAUAUCUAUAUGCGUGUGAUCGAACACAGCUCACUGGAAGACAAGACAUCCUCAACUAUGACUGCCACCGAAAUGUUUACUUCUCGUGGCGCUUUUAUUAACAAGGAAAUCUUUUUUGCAAAUACAAUGCAAAGAACAAUGACACCCACAAUGUAUCAUUAAGACACAGUGGAGGAAUGUAGAGGAGGUAGGUGAUCACUGCUACAUAGUUGUGUACUAGCUAUAUUUGUAUUUGUGGAGGAAGCUUAUGAACGGUAUGUCAGCCAUCAGCCAAGGGUUAUGAAUAGCAGAACGAAAACCAGAGAAAGGUUCCAUUUCAGUCACAAGCCUCCUCUUUUACCUCCUAACGGUGCUUUUUGGCAUCAAACUGCUGUCAUGAAAGUACUGCAGACAGGAGAGUUGGAUCAGUUAAAUUCUUAAGGCCACUUUCUGUUUGGUCGGUUGUACACCACAGUAUGUUAAAAAAAAAAAAAAAAAAAAGA